AGGUUUGAUUUCUCGCUUCAGUGCUUUAAACAAACUCUUAGCUAGCUCUCUCUCUCUCUCCUGAGCUUACCGUCUUGUUCUCUAGGUCUUCAAAGACAUCAUUUGAAUUUCUCAAAUGGGUAGUUGUACUUGUACACUGUUUCAGCUUCUUGUUCUUCUAUCAAUCAUUUUAGCACCCACUAAUGCAAACGAAGAAGGAGACGCUCUGUAUGCGUUAAGAAGAGCAGUGAAGGACCCAGGGCUUGUUCUGCAAAGCUGGGAUCCGACCUUGGUGGAUCCAUGCACUUGGUUCCACGUCACCUGUGACAGCGACAAUCGGGUUACCCGUCUAGACCUUGGGAACGCAAAACUGUUGGGUAAUCUAGUACCUGAGCUUGGGAAACUCCAGCGUCUACAGUACUUGGAACUAUACAUGAAUGAGCUGGUGGGUCCUAUGCCAAAGGAGCUUGGAAAUCUGAAGAGCUUGGUGAGCUUGGACCUCUAUCACAACAAUCUUACUGGGUCAAUUCCUGCUUCCAUCUCCAAGCUUUCCAGUCUCAAAUUCCUGAGACUGAACGGUAACAGACUGAGUGGAAGGAUACCAAGGGAACUAACAAAACUGGGAAACCUCAAGAUCCUUGACGUGUCAGACAAUGAUUUGUGUGGCACAAUCCCCACCUCUGGUUCCUUCUGUAAGUUCUCGGAGGAAAGUUUUGUAAAUAACCCUAGACUGGAAGGCCCAGAACUGAUGGGAUUUGUGAGAUAUGUAGGAGGAGGAAGCUGUUAACAAUGCAUCGAGAUGGUGUCGUUUCCAAUUCCAUAUAUUAGACUCUUUAUAUGGGAAUGGCUCCUGUAGGCUGUAGCUUUACUCCUAGACCAUUGGUCGUCACAAACCUUUUACUAAGAAAACGACUUUAUGUAGAGGGAAGAAUCUCCAAUGUUUGGCUGUCACUCUCAGAUAGCUGUAUUUCAUUUUGCCUUUUAACUCGUGGAGGAUUAGAUAUUCCCCGGUCCUCGAUAAUGUCCCUGCUUUUGGACUACUAACUAAUACUACAAAGAUUAAAGAUUGUCCCUGCA